GUAAUAGUAUCACACACAUUUCCAUUUUGUCACUGGUUUUCGUUACUUUGGUUUGGUGGGGUACUCUUCUUUGGUAAAACUAAAAACUCCUCGCACCAACCCACGCAGCAACAAAAUGAUUUUAGGAUUUCAGCAUCUGUGAGAGAGAGGGAGAUUGAAGGUAGAUGGGCGUGGUCAGUUUGUUCUGUCAGAGUUCAACCUGUUUCAUGGACAGACGAAACCUCAAUCCCAGCUGCGAACUCCAAGGGAAUUUUAGGCGGGGCCAAAUUGCAUUCAUGACCCCGCCGGCAUCAUCGGCCGCCGCCGUGCCGGCGAAAGAGGAGAGCCAACAGGAGCACGGCGGUGCGUUGUCAGGGGAUUCGUUUAUUCGACCUCAUCUCCGUAAACUGUCCCCUUAUCAGCCCAUUCUACCUUUCGAGGUGUUGUCUACUCGUCUUGGUAGGAAGCCCGAAGAGAUUAUCAAAUUAGAUGCUAAUGAGAAUCCAUAUGGUCCGCCGCCAGAGGUAUUUGAAGCCUUGGGUUCCAUGAAGUUCCCUUAUAUCUAUCCUGAUCCUGAAAGCCGUAGAUUACGAGCUGCACUCGCUCAAGAUUCCGGUCUUGAAGCUGAAUAUAUUCUUGCGGGUUGUGGAGCAGAUGAGCUUAUUGAUUUGAUAAUGCGAUGUGUUUUGGAUCCCGGUGACAAAAUUGUUGAUUGUCCACCGACUUUUACAAUGUAUGAAUUUGAUGCUGCUGUUAAUGGGGCACUUGUUAUCAAGGGUAAGCUUGCUCCGUCUUUUAUCUUAUACCUUGUGGUGGUCUGUGAUACUAUAACUUGGAGCUUAUCCUAUUUGCCAGUUCCUCGAAAGCCCGACUUCAGUUUGGAUGUGGAUAGAAUAACUGAAGUUGUUGACCAGGAGAAGCCCAAGUGUAUAUUUCUGACUUCACCUAAUAAUCCAGAUGGAAGCAUUAUUGACGAUGAAACACUUAUCAAGAUACUUAAUCUUCCAAUAUUAGUGGUUCUGGAUGAAGCUUAUAUUGAAUUUGCGGGACUCGAGUCUAAGAUGAAAUGGGUGAAGAAGUAUGAGAAUCUUAUUGUGCUGCGUACAUUUAGCAAGAGAGCUGCUUUGGCGGGACUUAGAGUUGGAUAUGGAGCAUUUCCAUUGAGCCUUAUCGAGUACCUAUGGAGGGCUAAGCAACCAUAUAACGUGUCUGUAGCUGCUGAAAUUGCCGCUUGUGCAGCACUAGAGAAUCCUGCCUAUCUAGAGAAAGUGAAAGAAGCUUUGGUUGUAGAACGAAAGAGGCUUUUCAAGCUUUUGAAAGAAGUACCAUUCCUCAACCCGUAUCCAAGCUACUCUAAUUUCAUUCUAUGUGAGGUCACAUCUGGAAAGGAUGCGAAGAAGUUGAAGGAAGACCUCGCGAAAAUGGGAUUGAUGAUUCGUCACUACAGCAACAAAGAAUUAGCUGGUUAUGUUCGUGUCUCUGUGGGAAAGCCUGAUCAUACAGAUGCUUUAAUGGAAGGCCUCAAGCGCCUUUAUUAAUCUUAUCCAAUGUUUUUUGUGCAACACCUAAAACCUUUGAGAGCAAAAUGCUAGAGUGAGUUUGCUGAUACCACCGCAUUAAUCAAGUUUACUUCCCUAGUGUUGAAUUUGGUUUGGAGGUUAAGGGUUGUUAUUUCAGUUUUCAAACCCGUUAACCUCAGAUUCGUGGAUUUAAAUGAAGCCAGCUAAAACUGAAAUCUCACAAAGAUUUGUGUUAAAAUCAAAUGCUGGGCACUUUUUGGAUUUUGGCCCACAAUUCCUAGCAAAUAUUGGGAGAUUGUGUGGAUCCAAGUAAUUGUUGUGCAAAUGUAUCAACCAGCAAAGUGGUAGAACAAAAUCGGUGUCAGUGGAAGUUUUUCUUUCUUUCUUGAAUUACACAAUGUCUUCAUAUGCCUUCUUUUGCUUUCUCUUCUAUGAUCUUUAAGGGAUAAUUACAUAAACUACUACUCAGAUACAAGUACAGAAGAGCUUGAAAGGAUUUCAGAGCUAAUUAAAUGCUAUUCAGGUUUUGGUUAUGUUGUACAUUCUUCCCCUACAAGUUUAAUCCUCG